UAUAUAUAAUGAUAUUGUUGGCAUUAUUAGCCAUUUUGGCCUACAAUGAAAUAAAAACUGCCAAGAUACGAAAACAAGUUAAACACACGGCCGGUGAACCGACCCUGCCAAUUUUAGGCAAUCUCCAUCAAUUGGGCCGGAAACCAACUGUUACCACAAAUUAUCUCUUUGAUUUAUUUUACAAAUACAACUUUGGAAAUCUCUGCAUUUGGUUGGGUUAUCAUCUGCAGUAUUUGGUCGUGGAUACCAAGGAUGUGGAGUUCAUUUUAUCCACCAACCCAUUGGUCAACAAAUCGGACAUCUAUAAACUCCUCCACCCUUGGUUGGGUGAGGGUUUGAUCACCAGCUCGGGCGCCAAAUGGCAAAAGCAUCGCAAAAUGAUUACCCCCUCUUUUAAUUUCAAUAUUCUGAAUAGCAUUCAGGAUGUAAUGAAGACGAAUUCCGAGAAAUUCAUUGGGAAAUUGAGGGAGAUUUCUCGGGGUGACAACAUUUUUGAUCUUCAGGAGGUGGUUAAUAAUUUGACCUUGGAUGUGAUAUGUGAAACCGCCAUGGGUGUGAGCAUUAACGCUUUGGAUAACCCCCAUUCGGAUUUUGUCUUGGCUGUGAAGUUGUAAGUUGAGGAUCUUAUAAAAACAAUUGUUA